AUGUCGAGUACUACAGUCAUUACGCCCGGCACAAUCACACGACAGAAGAACAAGAAUGGUGACCCUCUGUAUCCCGAUUACAUGCCUAAUCCAACAGCAUUCUACGACCCUCUUGAGAAGGUCGAGGAUAUCGGUUCUGUCGAGCAUUUCGAUCCUGGUCACCGCGCUGAUCCCAAAUUGCCUAAUCUUCUGAAGAAAGCGACAAAACUCUGGGAAUUAUCUCCUUAUGUGGGAACUGAGAUCCAUGGAGUUCAGCUCUCUCAACUUGACGGUGCUGGUUUGGAUGAACUCGCUCUUCUUGCUGCGCAGAGAGGUGCCCUGGUAUUCCGCGAUCAAGACUUUGUGAAUAUUGGCUUCAAGGCACAAAAGAAACUUGUCAGUCAUUUUGGCCCUCUGCAUAUUCAUGGCUGGGUCCCUCAUCCUGCUGCGGGAUCUGAAGAGCACAUGAUUAUCUACGAUCAUGUCGACACGGGUUUAGGUUAA